AUGUUCUUCACUCCAGUAAAGUUGGAGGACCAUGAGUCCGACAUGGGGAACAGCCUGGGCGAGUUCGGUCAUGUCGUCGAGGGCAUCGAAGGGUGCAUUGGCAACACUCCUCUCAUUAAAAUACACAGCCUCUCUGAGGCCACAGGGCGUACGAUCCUGGCCAAAGCAGAGUUUCUCAAUGGAGCUGGCAACAGCCCCAAGGACCGCGUGGCCCUGAACAUGAUCCAAGUGGCCGAGGAGAAGGGUCUCCUGACACCUGAUCAGGGCGAUACCAUUUAUGAAGGCACGGUCGGCAGCACGGGGAUAUCGUUGGCGACUCUGGCGCGCGCAAAGGGCUACAAGGCUUACAUUUGUAUGCCAAACGACCAGAGCGUUGAAAAAUCGAAUCUACUGCAUCAUCUCGGCGCAACGGUGGAGCGCGUACCUGUUGCGCCGAUCACAUCACCAGACCACUUUGUCAACCUCGCGCGGAGGCGAGCACAGGAACAUACUGCUUCGUCUGAGACGAAGAGCAAGGGGUUCUUCGCGGACCAAUUCGAAUCACAUGCGAACUACACGGCGCAUAUGAAGACGACCGGCCCGGAGAUUCUGUACCAGACAGACGGCCACAUCGAUGCCUUUGUUGCAGGUGCAGGUACUGGCGGCACCAUUGCCGGCGUCGCAAAGUAUCUGAAGGAAGAGGCGGGCUUGUCGAAGGUGCGGGUUGUGCUGGCGGAUCCCCAGGGCAGCGGCUUGUUCAACAAGGUCAAGCACGGCGUCAUGUACUCGAAUACGGAGAGAGAGGGUACUCGUCGGCGGCAGCAAGUCGACACAAUUGUCGAGGGCAUCGGCAUCAAUCGGGUAACCGAGAACUUUGAGGCUGCGAGGGAGCUGAUAGAUGAUGCUGUUAAGGUGACUGAUGAGCAGGCUUGUAAGAUGGCUCGAUGGCUGGUGGAGAACGACGGUAUCUUUGCUGGGAGCAGCAGCGCGGUCAACUGCGUCGGAGCGGUUGUCACUGCCAUGAGUCUACCAGAGGGGAGCCAAGUCGUGACCAUCUUGUGCGACUCUGGGACGAGGCAUCUAAGCAAGUUUUAUAAACAAAUAGGAGAAAUGGGGCUAGAGGAGGAGCAUAAGUCGUUAGAUCUCUUCUCGCUUCUCAAGAUCGAGGCAUCAGCGAGAUGA